UUCAGUGCAGGUCCCUGUGGAUGGCGGCCCGGACCCCCCUGGAGUUCCUGUCGCUGAACCGGACGCAGCUGUCGCCCCCCAGUGCCACGUCCUGUGACGGCGCUCAAGAGGCCUGGGCCGUGCUGCACAGGGUGUUACCAACGUUCAUCAUCGUCAUCUGCAUCUGCGGCCUGCUGGGAAACCUCUUCGUGCUGUCGGUCUUCCUCCUCCCCCGGCGGCGCCUGAGCGUGGCGGAAAUCUACCUGGCCAACCUGGCCGCCUCCGAUCUGGUGUUCGUCUCGGGCCUGCCCUUCUGGGCGGAGAACAUCGCCAACCAAUUCCGCUGGGCCUUCGGGGGCCCCCUGUGCCGCCUGGUCAAUGGAGUCAUCAAGGCCAACCUGUUCAUCAGCAUCUUCCUGGUGGUGGCCAUCAGCCGGGACCGCUACCGCGCACUGGUGCACCCGGUGGCCAGCCGGCGGCGGCGGCGGCGGCGGCGGGCCCAGGCCACCUGCCUGCUCAUCUGGACGCUGGGCGGCCUCCUGAGCGUCCCCACGUUCCUGUUCCGCUCCACCGCGGCCGUGCCGCCGCUCAACAACUCCUGCGCCUGCGUGCUGCUGCCGUCCGGCGCCGCCUGGCACUGGCUGAGGAUGGUGGAGUUAAACGUGCUGGGCUUCCUGCUGCCGCUGGCCGCCAUCGUCUUCUUCAACGGCCACAUCCUGGCCUCGCUGCGCGGGCGGGCGGGGGUCCCCGGGGCGCGGGCCGGGGGCCGCACGGGCCGCAAGGCCGCGGUGCUCAUCCUCGCGCUCGUGGCUGCCUUCCUGGUGUGCUGGGCCCCCUACCACUUCUUCGCCUUCCUGGAGUUCCUCUACCAGGUGCGGGCCGUCCGAGGCUGCUUCUGGGAGGAUUUCAUCGACCUGGGCCUGCAGUAUGCCAACUUCUUCGCUUUCAUCAACAGCUGCCUGAACCCGGUGAUUUACGUCUUCGUGGGCCGGCUUUUCAGGACCAAGGCCUGGGAACUUUAUCAGCAAUGCGCCGCUCGAAGGCUUCCUCCAGGGUCCUUGCCCCACAGGACGGGCGUUCUCCAACAUUUCUGGCGGAAGUAA